ACGCCCUGUCACAUUGCUCAAAUGAAGAGCACUGAAAGACAAAAUAAAAUUCUUGCAAGUGAAAAACACUUAACCAGAGAUUCGUGCUUAUGCGAUGCCUGCUACAGACACGUGGAUCGCAAAUCAAAUUCGCCCUCUUACAUAAACAAAUCCUUAAAACGAAACUCUUUGGUCGCGCCCGGACCCAGACAGAACCAUUGUCACGUGCUCGGCUGUAACAACGUCUCCAACAAUAUCCUACGUCGCAAGUGGAUCAUUAAAAUGCGAAAAAGUAUCUGCCAAGCGAUUAAUAUCGAUCUGGACAAUCCCGGUCUGCAUUUGAUUCCGCUUUGUGAUGAGCACUUCACUGCCUUAGAACAUUUGAUGGUGUGCGCCAUGUGCAAGAGGCGCUUGGCCAGGAAUCACAUACAUUAUUUGGGGCCGGAGGUUAAGGAACUCAACGAGGCUUUGAAAGAUGAUGGUAAGUAUCUAUUUGUAGAUA